AUGGCGCACAGAGACUUCAAAGUCAUCAUUGCUGGCGGCAGCAUAGGCGGCCUCACGUUGGCUAACAUGCUGGACAGGCUGGGGAUAGACUUUGUUGUGCUUGAGGCCUGGGAUGAAAUCGCCCCUCAAGUCGGUGCUAGCAUUGGAUUGCUCCCCAACGGCCUUCGAAUCUUGGAUCAACUCGGCAUGUACCCCGCUAUGCGCAAUCUGAUUGAGCAGCCGCUUCGCCUUGCCAGUUCGAUUGGCCCAGACGGCCGGUUGAUCAUGACGGCUGAUAGAGUUGACAAGUACAUGGGAGAACGUUGGUAUUAUGACACGAUAUUUGCCGAUCGCCAGAUGGUCAUCGAGAAGCUGUACGACCAUUUACACAACAAAGAGAGGGUUCUUCUCAGCAAGAAGGUGGAUUCCGUCUGCCAUGACAAGAACAAGGUCAAGGUUGUGACCAAGGAUGGCUCGGAAUUCCUUGGUGAUAUCCUGAUUGGAGCCGACGGCGUUCAUAGCAUCGUACGACAAGAAAUGUGGAGGCUGGCGGAUGAAGUGCAGCCGGGAUUGUUUCCUGCCUCGGAGCGCACAGCACUCGCAGAGCACGCCAUGUAUGACUGCAUUUUUGGAAUCUCCAUCAUGAAAGAGUUCACUGCGUUUACCACUCAAAGCACCUGGUACAGGGGCUCAUCGGUACUUCUCCUUGCAGGACCAAAAAACCGCGUUUACUGGUUUUUCAUCAAGAAGGUGGGCAAGAAGCUGCAGGAACUUCCCCACUAUACCAAAGAGGACGAGGAAAGACUUGCCAAGGAGCAUGAGAACGACAAGGCUGCAGAGAACUUGACUUUCAAAGACCUUUAUGCUGCAAAGAUAUCGUCGACGCUCACGCCACUUCCUGAAUACGUCUUCAAGCGGUGGCAUUUUAAGAGAAUUAUGACAAUAGGAGAUGCCGCACACAAAUUUGGACCUAUCAGUGGUCAAGGAGGCAACAGCGCCAUAGAAACGGCUGCUGUUCUAGUCAACAACUUAGCACGCAGUCUAAAAGAACAUCCACAUGGCCUGUCCGAAGCCGACUGCGACGACAUCUUUUCGCAAACACAAAGAGAACGCUCCCCACGUGUUUGCAAGUUGGUUACCGCAUCACACGAGCAGCAAAUGUUUGAAGCUUUGGACACGCCUUUUAUCGAGUUCAUUGCCAAGUAUGUCGUCAAGCAUUUCCCACUCGAUAGUACCAUUACCCGGUGGACGGAGGGUGUGGAGGGCGGCCAUCGCCUCGACAUGUUGAGCAUCCCCAAGAGGAAACGGUACGCCCCGUUUCUAGACGAGCUCGUUACGAAGCCUUUUGAAAGCUCCACCUUGAUCCAGCUGGCCCUCAGUGCUGUUUUCAUGCUGCUCUUCAGCGUCUCACGCAAGGCACUUACCAUACAGCCCAGCAUCUUCUCUCCGACGUUCGCGGACCACGACCUGAAGACGACAUACACGGGUGUGUCUGCUAUAGACGCAAUGCUAUCUCUCCUGGUUUGGGCUUUCUCAGACGGAGUCGCGGGCGAGACUACAAACCAGACGGUUCAAGCCGUAUACUUUCUAGUUGCUCUCACCUGCGUGCCUCUAAUAUGGACGCUGGAGAGCUACAGGAACGGAAACCGGGGCUCUUUUGUCGCUCUCCCAUUUCUCUUCGCCAUUGCAUACCAGCUCAAGGGCAUCGGAAAGAUUGCACCGCUGUACUACCUCAUCAGCAUCUAUACCUCGAGCCAACACGUAUACGUCCGCAACAUUGGACGCCCAGUCCCCGUCUCGGUUGCAAUAUCGCUUCUCCCAGCGCUAUGCAUUGGGUACAUUCUCCCGACAGCUCUGAUGCUCUCCCGCUACGACGACACCGCAACGCAUCAAAACAUGACGGCGCUCUGGCAGCCGUCUCCCAUCUUCGUGUCGGUCCUGACCUAUGCCUUCUCGUCCAUCCUAGCGCGCAUCGACCGCAAAGACGCCUACGACGAGCUGUUCCAGCUCAAAGACGUCACUCCGCUGCGCGUCACCUACGGCGUCACAUUUGCCAUUACCGCGCUAUCCCACGUCUACACGUUGAUCUACAUCUUUUCCAACGCGUCGCUCUCCCUCGCCGAAGUCUUCUUCAACCUGCCGUCUCCCGACUCCAUGGCCCGCGAAGCGCACCCCAUGUUCGACUUCUUCAAGUGGGACAUGACGUUGUUUUUUGCCUGCACCGCGCUGUGGAGCUUGUACAGCAUCUUUGAGCUCAGACGGAACGGAUACAUUACUACCUUGCAGGCGGUCAGCGCGGCACUCGUUGCCGCGGCGGCUCAGGUUGUCGUCGGUCCGAGUGCGGCGUACAUUGGUGUUUGGGCGUGGCGUGAGGAGGCUAUUAUCAAUGUCACGCCCAUGACGCAGUUUGUGGAUGUUGGCGGUGCAUAUUAAACCAAGCAAUCGAGAUUCUUUUGGACGGGACGGAUGGUUGCGAGGCUCCCGAGGAGUGUGCAUUUCUGGCGCAUGUCAAAUGGCGAUGGGUGAGUGGCGUAUUUACAUUUGUGGUUUUGGUGGGUGGUAGCCUGUUGUGUUCAUUUCUGUUGUUGCAUAUGUUGGCAUUCGGUGUUUUAUUUUUUUUAUCGUAUCUGGGGUAGUUUGUCUUGGACUAGUGUAUACAGUAUCGUGG